AUGUACCGGUAUCUCAAAGCCCUCUUCAAGAAUGGCUUUUCAGAAUUGGAAAUCUCGCUUGCAAAAGAAUGGAAAACUUAUACGGGAAGCUAUAUUAAGGAAAUCACCAAACUUUUUGACUACGAUGAUGUGGGGACUUUAACACUAAUGCCAUCCCGUGCUAUCAAGCCCAAUAUAAUCUUUUCCGGUAAUGCUAAGAAGACAAGAUUGUCAGUUGUAUUUGGGUGUCUUAAUAUUGACGAGAUCUCGCCUGGUAAAUCUGUGGUAUUCAAAGUAUAUGACUAUGCCAGAAGCUGCUUGAGCUGUCCUUGUAUGGGGAUGACAAGUUUCAGAGCACAUCAAACAACUUUUUGCUUGACUACUGCCAUGCUUCUAUCGGAAAUAAGAGCGUACCAAAUGUUGAGCAGAAAUUACUAUACAAUGAGCUCAUCCCAAGAGUCUUAG